GCGGGAGUGGCGGAGCCCAUCUUGCCGCCGCUCGGCGGCCGCGCUGGGGGAGGAGGGCCCUAGCCCGGCGUGCGGCCAAUCCGGGCGGGCGCUGGCGGCGAGCAGGGCAGAAUGGGCUGUAGUUUAGUGAAAUAGGAAAGCUGCAAACAGUGUGGAGUGUUCCUGGUGUAAAUAAAAGGGGAAAAAAAAAGUUUCUGCAAGUCGCGGCUCUGCAGCCUCGCUCGGGCACUGGCACGGGGGCUUGCGCGUUGCCAAAAGCCAGCACCCUGGACUUUGUUGUGCCGCGGUAACGCGCUCUUCCUAUUGUUUGUGUUUUUUUCAAAAUAUGGCAAAGGUUCAGGUGAACAAUGUAGUGGUGUUGGAUAAUCCUUCUCCUUUCUACAAUCCUUUCCAGUUCGAAAUCACAUUUGAGUGCAUAGAGGACCUGUCGGAAGAUUUGGAAUGGAAAAUAAUUUAUGUGGGUUCAGCUGAAAGUGAAGAGUAUGACCAGGUGCUAGACUCUGUUUUAGUAGGACCUGUUCCUGCAGGCAGACACAUGUUUGUAUUUCAGGCUGAUGCACCUAACCCAGGGCUUAUUCCAGAUGCAGAUGCAGUAGGCGUAACAGUUGUGCUAAUUACGUGCACCUAUCGAGGUCAAGAAUUUAUUAGAGUCGGCUACUAUGUAAACAAUGAAUAUACCGAAACAGAACUGAGAGAGAAUCCACCAGUAAAGCCAGAUUUUUCUAAGCUUCAAAGGAAUAUUUUGGCAUCUAAUCCCAGAGUCACGAGAUUCCACAUUAAUUGGGAGGACAACACUGAAAAACUGGAAGAUGCAGAGAGUAGUAACCCAAACCUACAGUCGCUGCUUUCUACAGAUGCAUUACCUUCAGCAUCAAAGGGAUGGUCAACAUCAGAGAAUUCAUUGAAUGUUAUGUUAGAAUCUCAUAUGGACUGCAUGUGACUAACCACCAUCAUUUUGGUACUGUACAUGUGUUAAACUGUAAAAACAACGAGAACUAUUUCCCUCAAAUUCCAUAAGUACAUAGUUGACAAGCAAUGUGAAGAACUUGUUUCAAAACAUCCUGUAGAAAGUUUAUAAAAAACAAACAGUAUUUGAGCAAAUUGUGGAAUAUAAAUACAACUAUUUUUAAGUAA